UGAACAUACCCGCAUGACUUGUGUUUGUUAUUUUCUCAACUAGGAAUUUGGUGGCUUGCAGCUUUAAACUAACAAGAAACAUUCAAAAUGGGCUGUCCUAUGGGAUUUGGUGAAAUUAACAUUCCUUCCUCCAGAGCUUUUUGGGACGAUUGCGACGAGGACGAGUGUCCAAAAGUAGAAGCAAAGAAAUUGCAAUUAGAAUUUGAAUCAUGCCCGGAACAGGCUGAAUGGAAAAAUAAAUGCAAACGAAUGCUGGUGUUCGAGGGACCCUCAAUAAGUAGUUUCGCCGAAGCUACUCUCUUAUUAAAUGGUAGUCAGAAAAUUGCAGCUAUUCCUAGUAAAAAGUCAUCAUUGCACUAUGUGCCGACAACAAAACUGCUGAUUGCCAUUGUGGACGAGGAUUUGACGCCAAGCGGCGAAAUAUGUCAACUAUUGUUGGAGCUUUGUAAAGCGGAAGAAGUUAUUACCGUGACCAUAAAAGCAAAAGUGGAAUAUAAGACGGAAAAUGUUGCAGCAGUAAGGGAUGCAAUUACAUUUAUUAGAUCCAUUGAUGGUGUGCUAAAUCACAUAGAGGCUUUAGAGGCACCAAAUUUUAUUGCCGGUGUUGCUGCGGGAAUAUCCUCCUGGCGUUGCAAUGAAGGUUUGAAGACUCAAUCAUAUGUUGUAUAUACCGACAAUUUGGCCUUGGAUCCUUUGGCGGCCAAGCCAGUCCUCGCCUUACUAAAAGACUUGAAUAUAGACUAUUCAUCUUCUUACAAACCAAAGAAGCGUGACGACUCCCAUUUGUAUAUGUAAACGGAAAGAUGUAAAAACAUUGUAAAUUUUAAUUAUUGUGUAGCAUGGGAACUUGAGUGUAAUUAAGGUUUAGGGUAGUAUUUGUUUGCAUUUUUUUUAAAUAUAAAGUUCAAUUUUAUGCUGAUUUUAUUUGUAAAAGAAAA